UCGACGGCGAGUGAGCCUCAGUGAGGUCACUGCCCGCUCCCUCGGAGUGCCGACCCUCCUCAGGGGUGGGGCCUGUGUCCAAUUCCAGACUCGCUCCGCUCCGCCCCCACGGGCGCCUCCUCGCGGGCCAGCCGGCGCGUCACGUGACGGGUCGGCGGCGCUGGCGGUUGCUGUCAGCUGAUAUCACGGGUUGGUGGCAGCGGCAGCCGUGGCGAUGGACUUUCUCCUGGGGAACCCGUUCAGCUCUCCGGUGGGACAGCGCAUCGAGAAAGCUACCGAUGGCUCCCUGCAGAGCGAGGACUGGGCCCUCAACAUGGAGAUCUGCGACAUCAUCAACGAGACGGAGGAAGGUCCCAAAGAUGCCUUUCGAGCAAUAAAGAAGAGGAUCACGGGGAAUAAGAACUUCCAUGAGGUGAUGCUGGCUCUCACGGUCUUGGAAACCUGUGUCAAGAACUGUGGGCACCGCUUCCACGUGCUGGUGGCCAGCCAGGACUUCGUGGAGGGCGUGCUGGUGAGGACCAUCCUGCCCAAGAACAACCCCCCCACCAUUGUGCACGACAAGGUGCUCAACCUCAUCCAGUCCUGGGCCGACGCGUUCCGCAGCUCCCCCGAUCUGACUGGUGUCGUCGCCGUCUACGAGGACCUGCGGCGGAAGGGCCUGGAGUUCCCAAUGACUGACCUAGACAUGCUGUCGCCCAUCCACACACCCCAGAGGACCGUGUUCAACUCAGAGACACCGUCCGGACAGAAUUCUGCGGGCACUGACACCUCUCAUCGGGGGGACCCCAGCCAGCACGUGGCUCCUGUGUCCACCCCAGCUGUACUCCCCAGCGACACACCCAUAACGCCAACCCCUGAGCAGAUCGGGAAGCUGCGCAGCGAGCUGGAGAUGGUGAGUGGGAACGUGAGGGUGAUGUCGGAGAUGCUGACGGAGCUGGUGCCCACCCAGGCAGAGCCCGCAGACCUGGAGCUGCUACAGGAGCUCAACCGGACGUGCCGAGCCAUGCAGCAGCGGGUCCUGGAGCUCAUCCCCCGGAUCGCCAACGAGCAGCUGACGGAGGAGCUGCUCAUCGUCAACGACAAUCUCAACAACGUGUUCUUGCGCCACGAACGGUUCGAGCGGUUCCGGACCGGCCAGACCGCCAAGGCCCCCAGUGAGGCCGAGGCGGCAGCUGACCUCAUCGACAUGGGCGCUGACCCAGCAGCCACUGGCGGCCUCUCAUCCCAGCUGGCAGGAAUGAACCUGGGCUCCAGCAGCGUGAGGGCUGGCCUGCAGUCUCUGGAGACCUCCGGCCGCCUGGAGGACGAGUUUGACAUGUUUGCCCUAACACGGGGCAGCUCGCUGGCCGACCAACGGAAAGAGGUGAAAUACGAAGACCCCCAAGCUACGGACAGCCUGGCUGGAGCCCUGGACGCCCGGCAGCAGAGCACCGGAGCGAUCCCCGUCACCCAGGCCUGCCUCAUGGAGGACAUCGAGCAGUGGCUGUCCACUGACGUGGGGAACGACACGGAGGAGUCCAAGGGUGUCACCAGCGAAGAAUUUGACAAGUUCCUGGAAGAACGGGCCAAAGUGGCCGAUCGGUUGCCCAGCCUCUCCAGCCCCUCAGCUGAGGGCCCCCCAGGGCCCCGCCCCGGCGCCGCCCCUCGAAAGCAGACCCAGGAGAAGGACGACGACAUGCUGUUUGCCUUAUGAGCAGACUGGCACCCUGCGCCCGGCCGCUGCUCCCACCCCUGGCUGGGCCUCUCCCUCCCUCGGUGUCAAGGCUGCUUGGGGUGGCGUGUUACCCCUUCUCUCCUCGAGGCUGGGCCAGGUUUGGGGAGUGGGAAGGCAGCAGGAACUGGGCGAGCAGGUCAGUUCCUCGUUGGGAUCCUGGCCGCUCCUGCCGCCCCCACCCCAGCCGACCACUCUGACUGCUGAGACCUGGAUGCCUGGACAGGCAGGCUGGCUGCUUGGGUGCCCCGGUGACCCUCCUGCCCUGGGUGACCCGUCCCAGAGGAGCCCUCCAGAGCCCACACUGCCAGCCGAGGCCUGGCCGGGAGCUGGAAACAGAAGCUUCUGUUGCAACCUCUGGUCCCUUCCCCGGCCCUGCCGCUUGGAGCCGGAGGCUCUGGCCCGCUGUUGAGGGCGGGGUAUGUGGCUCAGCUGCUCGCUGUCCAGGUACGAAGCUGCACUUGGUGGGGCAGAGCGUCCGGCCCUGGCUGCAGGGGAGAGUUCGGGGCGUGCCUGGCGUACCUGUGGCCCCACCAUCUCCUCCCUGCCUUUCCCCUUCCUCUUCCUCUUCCUGCCCGCCGGGCGUGGGUCCCCCACCUGUUGGUUGAUCCUCUUGUACUGGGAGAGGUACCUUUAUGUCCCCAAUUAAAGGUAGAAAACCA